AUGGAGUCAGCUGAAUCUAGAACUUCUUCUCAUCCUUCACCUACAGCUCCUUUUGAAACCAUUCCACCUAUCCCAGAGUCUGCUCCUUCUCCCCUUGCACAUGAAACCUGGUAUGCUACUGCUCCUCAUCUUGAUACUGUACUUAGUGAUGAUGAUAAUGUUGAACUGGAACCUCGGGCUGAGUUAGAGGGGAGGCCAGUUCGUGGUAAUAGAGGCAAACUCCCUGCUAAACUGGAAGACUAUUAUGUGGGAUAUGCCAGCAAAUUCUCAAUGGAUGAUUACUUGAAUUUUGAUCAGUUAUCACCUACUGAUAGUGUUUAUGCUUUAAGUCUUGUCUCGCAACUUGAACCUACCACUUAUGGUGAAGCAGUUGCUUUUGAGCAUUGGUGUAAGCCAAUGGAUGAAGAGACACAUGCCUGA